AGGGAACCCCCGAUUAACCGACAUGAGGACGAAUGACUGUCCUGAGACGAUAACGACUUCCUCUGGGGGAAAAUCAGUGGAAAAUAUCUCAAAUGAUGAUAAUUCCCUCGAACUAACCAAAAAUCCGAUUGAGGACGAGAUAUUGGAUACUGUAGCGAAUUCCCCAGCGAUUUUCAAGAGUCAGCUGCAAGGAGAUGCUGAGCUGUCAUUGAAUGAAAAACGAAAAAUAGCUGAGGAGCUCCUCCGCAGGAAUCACCACCAGUUCCUCUCGAGAUUUGGUAAAAACUUGAGGCCACAUUUGUUGGAUUAUUUCACUGAGAAGUCCAAUGACUACGAGACGAACUACCACGUGGGUAAAUUGAGGAGAUAUUUGAAUACCGAGACGAGAAAAAUCGACAGGAAGAACCGGAGGUACGAAGCUCUGAAGGAGAUGCUGAAGAAGGGGGAGUAUUUCAGUGAGACUGCCAUGAUGAAGAGGAAUCCAUUGCUGUAUGAACAUCUGAUUGGGAGAUUUCUCACUGAGGAGCAGAAGAGGGUGAGGGACAACCUGGACACCAAGAACAUUACAUUUGUCAAUCUUUUGUUGGAGAGCAUCGAGAGGGAGGGCCUCAGGGAAUUGAAGAGGGCCCAGGAAGAGGCUGAGGAGGAGGUAAUCGAGGAGAACGACUCUGAUGAGGAGGACCUGGAGAAUCGGGGGAAUAAUUGGGGGGAAAUUGCCCCAGGGGGUGAGGGAAGUUACGAGGGUGAGGGGAGGGACAGGAGACGAUUGGAGAGUCGUGUACCUGAACAGGUCGAUACACAGGAGCAGAUGAUUCUCAGGCAGGAGUUCGUCAGUCAAAUGUACGAGAGCUUCCUCGAGGGAAGGGACACUGAUUUCGAUUAUAGCACCAUUGACGAUAACGAAUCGUACGACAACGUAGAUCUCAGGGAACAGGACGAGGAGGAAAGGUACUUCGAUGCAGAGUCACCAGAAAUUACAACAAGUUCUCCUAAAAACCCUCAGGAUGAAGAGUCCGAAGAUGAAUUGGAUAAAUACAUGAGGAGUCUAAAGGGGCAGGAGAGUGAAGAGACUGCAACAGAAAAAUGUUAAUGAAUACGAGAAAGUGCUGUAAAAAUAAAACUGAAU